AUGACUUCAAUUGUGUCAGAAGAUCGACGCAUCAGAGUAUCCCUGGAGUACAGCAUCCGUGAUCCAGAGAAGUCCUAUCAGAGUCAAAUUACCCCUGUACCAGACCUUUAUGACCCCAAUAUCCCGCAUGACUCGGAUACUCUCGAGGAUGAUUCCCCGUACCCAGAGGUUCGAUCAGCUGUGGCUAACUUUGACGACCCUUCGAUGCCGGCGUCUACCCUACGAGCAUGGGUCCUCGGGCUAGUCUGGGCAAUCAUUCUUCCCGGCGUGAACCAGUUCUACUACUUCCGUUACCCCUCAAUUGCAGUUGGCGGCCUUGUCGCUCAACUACUCACAUUUCCCUUGGGCCGACUAUGGGAUAGAUUCAUGCCCAGAGUGACCGUGUUUGGGAUAUCAGUGAAUCCUGGACCCUUCACGAUCAAGGAACAUGUCUUGGUUACGAUCAUGGCCAACGUCGGGGCGCCUUCAGCAUACGCGACCGACGUUAUUGCCGUUCAACGAGUAAUGUAUCAUCAACAAUUCAGUUUCAUGUAUCAAUGGAUGUUGGUAAUGUCGACACAAUUAAUUGGCUUCUCUAUUGGUGGAAUCGCUCGUCGGUUUCUGGUGACCCCAGCAUCUAUGAUCUGGCCAAAUACCCUGGUAUUGUGCGCGCUCUUCAACACGCUGCAUUCGCAAAGAUAUGCCGGGUACGGGACUCGUGAUGGCAUUUCGAGGGAACGUUUCUUUUGCUACGCAUUCUUCGGGGCGGCCGUCUGGUACUUUAUGCCCGGCUAUUUAUUCCAGGCGCUCAGCGUUUUUGACUGGGUUUGCUGGAUAGCUCCCAGAAAUGUGAAAAUCAAUCAGUUGUUUGGCUACUACAGCGGAUUGGGUUUCUCCCUAAUCUCAUUUGAUUGGAAUCAGAUUGCAUAUAUCGGUAGCCCAUUGGCAACCCCCUGGUGGGCCGAAGCCAACGUCGCUGUUGGCUUCGUGUUCUUCUAUUGGAUACUGACACCUAUUCUAUACUACGCCAACGCCUGGAAUUCACAAUACUUGCCCAUGUCAUCUCGUGCCGCCUUUGACAACACAGGAAACUACUAUAAUACUACGCGAAUUAUCAAAGACGAUUCCACCUUCGACCUGGAAGCGUACAAAGCAUACAGUCCAUUGUACCUAUCUGCGACUUUCGCCGUAGCAUACGGCUUGUCCUUUGCGUCAAUCACUGCUACGAUAACGCACGCCAUCCUGUACUUCUGGAAGCCUAUCAAAACCCAGUUCAAGCGGUCGCUGCAGGAACAACCGGACGUGCAUGCUCGUCUAAUGGCAAGUUAUCCGUCAGUGCCAGAGUGGUGGUAUUCGUGUAUCUUCGUUGUUACGUUUGCUUUUGGAUGCCUUUGCAUCGAGCUCUGGCCCACUGGUAUGACCAUAUGGGCCUUCUGCGUCGCGCUGAUACUGGCCGUGGUCUACGUUGUUCCUGUCGGGAUGAUUCAAGCCAUCACGAAUCGGCAAGUCGGCCUGAACGUUAUAUCCGAGCUACUAGCCGGUUUCAUGAUGCCUGGGCGUCCUUUGGCUCUAAUGAUACCUGGGGCUACAUCACUAUGUCUCAAGGCAAGUAUCCACGACGUUUUCGCUAGGAUGGACGCCAACGGUUUAUUUGUAGCUAUGGCAUUCACGGCGGAUUUCAAGCUCGGCCACUACAUGAAGGUUCCUCCUCGGCCCAUGUUCUGGGGGCAAGUCGUCAGUACGAUUAUAGCCGGGACCGUACAACUAGGUGUACAGACAUGGAUGUUUGCUAAUAUACCCGAUAUGUGCUCUCCUCACAACAAAGACAGCUUUACUUGCGCGGGAACGGAAGUCUUCGGCGUAGCUGGGGAGCGAUUGGCCCUGCACUACACUGACUAUUGUGUUAGCGCCUUGACCUUCUUCUUCCUCAUUGGAGCAUGCUGCCCGGUCAUUGUAUGGUGGAUAACUAGGCGUUACCCGGAUACCUUCUUGAACUAUGCCAACUUCCCGCUCAUCUUUGCUGGCGUGGGCCUCAUGCCCCCUGCCACAGCAGCAAACUACGUCCCGUGGGUUAUCAUCGGCUUCAUCUUCCAAUACGUCAUUCGAAGGCGACACUUUUCCUUCUGGGCGAAAUAUAACUACGUCUUAUCUGCCGCACUUGAUGCCGGUACUGCCAUCUCGACGAUAUUGAUAUUCUUCCUGUUACAAUAUCCCAAAAACGGGACCAUCGGCUUACACACUGUCCAAGCAUGGUGGGGCAACACCGUCUUCCGGCACACCGCUGAUUACAACCAGACGGCGCUGAGGACGUUGGCGGAGGGACAAAAAUUUGGGUAA